ACUUUGUACAUUUUUUAAAAAACUCACUUAAAACCAUAAAAUCAAAAGAAUAUUGUUUGAAAUUUAUAGGUGGGCUAAAAAGCUUUGAACUCCGACUAGAAUGAAUUUAAAAAUAUUUAGUUUCUGGAUUUUAUCUUUAAUGUAUUUUGUUAGCAACCUAGAAGCUAAAUGUACUGGUGGAAAGUAUCCUUCAAAUAUGCCAUCAAAGUAUGACGAUGUAAUACAUCCUCCAAAAUAUCCAUCAAAAAAUGAUGAUGUGAGAGAAAAAAACAAACCAUCUAAAAACGACAAUGGAAAAUAUGAGACAAAAUCGCCAUUGAAGGAGGGUGAUGAAAAACAUGAACCCAAUUCACCAACAAAAAAUGGUGACGAUAAAUACAAUUCCAAAAUGUCAUCAAAACCGCCAUCUAAGGAAGGUGAUGAGAAACAUGAGCCUAAUAUGUCAUCAAAAAGUGGUGACGAGAAAAACAACUCAAAAAUGUCAUCAAAACCGCCAUCUAAAGAAGGUGAUGAGAAACAUGAGCCCAAUAUGUCAUCAAAAAAUGGAGACGAGAAACAGGGUGCAAGCAUAGCAUUAAAAAAUGGCGACGAAAAUCAUACCUUAAAUGUUUCAUCAAAACAUGGUGAGGGAAAAUAUAUUGAUGACAAAAAAGUUUCAACAAGCAAGCCUUUAAAUGAUAAUAAUAUAAUAAACGAUUUAACAAUACCAUCAGCUAUACAGUCAACUACAACUGUUCAACCAAAUCAUCCUUCUGCUAAACACCCAUCAAAUGAUCAUCCAGCCAACCAUCAUUCAUCAAGUCAUCAUUCACACCACGAUAAAUCACAUCCUAAUUUUGAGAUCGAAGAAACAACGGAUAAACAAACUAAAUGUUAUAACUCGUGUUCUUGGUGUCAUGCAAAAACUACUUUGCGUAAAGUAAAGUCUCAAAAAGAAUUCAAACGUUGUAUAUCACUUUGUGCGAAAGAAAACCAAUGUGAACCCGAAUUCGAAACUUGUUUACGUUUCAGUGAUACAACAAAUGGUAUAACUAAAUGCGCCAAACAUUGGAAAAAUUGCGCAAAAAGAUUCUGCUUCAAGUAAUUUCGUCACCAAACAUGCAUGUGUUUUUUUUUUAAAGAUAUUACCUCAUGAAAAUAUAUUCAAACUUUUGUUCAAAAA